AAUUUAAUUUUUGAGUAAUUAUUUGCUUAGGUAAACAGUAGCUAUCUCCAACGCUCCCUUAAAGAAACAGAAUAGCUACUUAAACUAACAAGCCAUAAUUGACAGUGUAACGGCGCUUAUUUGCUGGGUUGAUUUGAAUCACAUUGCCUGUCGGUGGGCGGGGUGAUUUAUUCUUUAUUUUUUUAUUUUUUUGCAAUGUCCCUUUUUGUAAUUUAUUCUUUGUUUUUUUCCUAGAAGGGAGAAUGGCGGGCCUUUGGAGAUCCUACCAAGCACUGAUGACCAAACGCCCCUGGACGGUGCAGAUAGUAACUGCUGGGUCUUUAGUGGGUGUUGGUGAUGUCGUCUCCCAACAGCUGAUUGAGAGAAGAGGAUUGGCUCAUCACAAUGUGCAGAGGACGGCCAAGAUGAUGAGCAUUGGUUUCUUCUUUGUGGGUCCAGUAAUUGGCAGUUGGUACAAAGUUUUGGACCGGCUAGUGGUUGGAGGAACUAAAAGUGCAGCCAUGAAGAAAAUGCUGGUGGACCAGUUGUGUUUCGCUCCAUGUUUCCUGGGAGCCUUUCUCGGUAUCUCUGGUGUUCUGAACGGACUGACGGUGGAAGACAACAUCGCCAAGCUUAAGAGGGACUAUACAGACGCCCUGAUCUCGAAUUACUACCUAUGGCCUCCAGUCCAGAUAGCCAAUUUCUACUUCAUUCCUCUACACCACAGGUUGGCUGUCGUCCAGAUUGUUGCUGUUGCUUGGAACUCCUACCUGACCUGGAAGGCCAAUAAGAUGUGAAAGAUGAUCACAAGUCUGGCCUGUCCUGUUGUCGUUGAUGAUGACUGUUUUACACUUUGUAGUGUGUGUGUGUGUGUGUGUGUGUGUGUGUG